AUGGCUUUCCCUCAUUCUUCAGAACUUUCCAGCAUUUGCAUCAGAGUUCAAGGUGUUGUUUACAAAUUCAUUGACAAAGCUGUGGUACAUGUAAAAGGCCAAGAAUUGUACUAUGAAGAAAACUUGAAAUUGAUGCGCAGUAUUGAUCUAUCGAGUAACAAUUUAUCUGGAAUGAUACCUUUAGAAAUUUUUAGCCUCUUCGAAUUGCUUUCCCUGAACUUGUACCGUAAUCAAUUUGAAGGGAACACACCAAAAGAGAUUGGCAACUUGAAACAGUUGGAGUCUCUUGAUCUUGCAAACAAUCAACUCUCUGGUGAAAUUCCUCAAAGUAUGGCUCAAUUGUCUUUUUGGAAGCCAUGA